GCAGCAGGCACUGCAGCAGGCUGCAGGGUGCCAGACUGCAGAGAGACAGCGAGAGGAAGGCCCACACCCUUAGUGUGUGAAGAACGAAGGAGACGAUGCUCCGAACGGUGCUGGCAACGAUUGCCCCAAGGGCAACGGCGGCAAGCAGGUCGCGAGCAGCCUCCGGUCCCGGUCGCUGCGCACCGUUUACGGCUUUCGCCACCAGACGCCCUUCCCCUUCCCCUUCCCGUUUCUCUCCUUCUCCUCAAGGAGGGCAGUCGCUACCACUCGACUGCGCUGCCGCUGUUACAAUUAGGUCUGUUCCGAGGAGAUGCUCUUGGCGGGAAAUGUCUUCGGCCAGCGCGCACGUUGCCGCACCGGGGGGUGGCGAUUUGGCUAUGCAGGGAGAAGGGGGUGGGGAGGGACAGCAGGGGGAGAUGGGCAGCAGUGGGAGAUAUGCUCGGGAUCCGGUGACGGGCGAGGGGAUUUGGGUGGACGAAGAGGAUGAGCCGCUAGAUCUGGAGAAACCAAAGAAGGUCCAAAAGUUCUGCGGCAAGGUUAUCUCGGACAACAUGGACAAGACCAUCAAGGUGGCUGUCCCAUACUGGUACUACGUCAGGCGACUCGGCAAGAGAAUCAUCCGGUACAGCAAGAUGAUGGCCCAUGAUGAGGAGAACAGCGCAAACGUCGGCGACACAGUGAUCCUGGUGGAUUGCCAACAGAAGAGCAAGAGAAAAAAACACACCCUCUUGAAGAUCGUGCGCAAGCUGCCGAGGCUUGACGAUAUCUGAUGGCAACGAAGGAAAUUGUUACAAUAGCCGUCUGGUGGGCGAGCGUGGACAUGAUGCUGUCAAUCGCCAUCACGGAUCGUCUCCAUCUUUUGCACAGGGCGCUCGUGCAGAACCCAAGGACAGCAGUCGCAGAGGACGUUGGCCACGAUACUCUUGCAGUAGACUAAUCGUUGCUCCCUGGUACCGCGGUAUGCAAUGGUUUGGCAUCAUUUCUGCCGCCAGGCGUUCAAUGAGCAAGCUAUCAGAGCUUCCAACGGUCGGGCAAGAUAACAGCUUUGACAGCUUUGACGCCGGCACGAAGUUGCGGGGCGUGUGUGAAUCACGCUGCAUAGAACUCUAGGCAAUUGAACUACCGUAAUAGUCGGAGAGUUGGCACGGGCCGGAGAGAUGGCACCGGUCGGAGAGAUGGCACCGGGGUGCGAUAAAAAACCCGAGAAGAG